AUGCUUGACCAAGAAGAGGCAUUUUGGGCAGAAAAAGCUAAAUUGGAGUGGUAUCAUUCUAGUGAUAGGAAUAUUUCUUAUUUUCAUUGUGAUAACAUAAAAACUUAUGUUAUCGAUGAUGUAAUCCCCAACUUAGUUACUACCAACAUGAACAAUAUUCUUACCAGCCUUCCCUCUGAUGAAGAGAUCCGUUGUGUUGUUUUUGGUCUCAACAAGAAUAACGCCCCCGAGCCUGACGAUUUUGGAGGGAUUUUCUUCCAUACUUUAUGGGAUAUUAAUAAACAUGAUGUGUGUGCUGAUGUUUUGCAGUUUUUCAAGCAUGGCAAGAUCAUUUCUAAUUUCAACGUUAGUAACAUCGUUCUCAUCCCUAAGUCCCAAGAGGCCAUCUAUAUGGAUUUGUUUAGACCUAUUGCUUUGUCCAAAUUUAAGUUUAAAAUCAUCACCAAAAUCACCGCUAGUAGGCUUUCUUCCAUCACAGAAUUCCUUGUCUCUAAGGAACAAAGAGGGUUCAUCAACUUCAGAAGCAUUUGUGAAUGCGUUUGUAUGGCAUCUGAAGCUUUUAAUGUGCUGGAUAAGAAAUUGAAAUUUGGGAAUAUUCCUUUAAAAGUGGAUAUUGCAAAAGCUUUCGACACCAUCAGAUAG